GAUGGCCAUGGAGGGGUCCCGGGCCUUCUUGGGUCUGCUGGUGUCGGCAUUGCUGGUGGGCUUCCUGGCCGCGGUGCUCACCGUCGUCUGGGCCCUGCGCUACCGGGACGGGCUCGGCUGGGACGGCGGCUCGGCCGAGUUCAACUGGCACCCGGUCCUCAUCGUCGGCGGCUUCGUCUUCCUGCAGGGCAUCGGUGUCUGCUGCUACCAGACUGAGCGUGUAUUGUAGCUGACAAGUAAAUUUGGAUAUGGAGAGUGGAAGAAAACACAUCAGGAUUGGCUAGCAUUUUGUAUUACACAGAAAUGGAAGUUCAGAUUUCAAGCAGUGCAUCAUGAGAUUGAGGGCAAAACUUAAGAGCCACAAUUUUCACAAAGCUAUCAUUGUAUACAGACUACCCUGGACCUGGAAAUGCAGCAAACUCCUGAUGAAACUCAUCCAUGCUGGGUUAAAUACCAUAGCUAUGAUUCUUGCAGUUAUUUCUCUGGUAGCAGUUUUUGAUUUCCAUAACGCCAAGAACAUUCCUAACAUGUACAGUCUGCACAGCUGGAUUGGGCUGACUGCUGUAAUACUUUAUGUCUCACAGCUCCUUGUAGGUCUAUUUGUAUUUCUACUUCCAUUUGCUCCUCCUUCUCUUCGAGCACUUCUCAUGCCAUUUCACAUUUAUUCCGGUCUUCUCAUCUUCGGAACAGUGAUUGCAACGGCACUUAUGGGAUUGACAGAGAAACUGAUCUUUUCAUUGAAAAAUACUUAUAGUACAUCCCCACCAGAAGGUAUUUUUGCCAAUGUCCUUGGCAUUCUGAUUCUGGUCUUUGGCGCUCUCAUUUUUUGGAUAGUCACCAGACCCCAAUGGCAACGUCCUAAAGAACCAAGUUUGAAACUUCUUCAUCCAAAUGGAAGCACACCAGAGGGUGCAGAAUGCUCUAUGGUAACAGACUGCAGCAAUACAGACAAGACUGAUGUGGAGUUCAACAGCGAAGUAGCCGCAAGAAAACGAAAUCUCAAUCUUGAUGAGGCUGGACAGAGGUCUACCAUGUAGAGAAUAGUAUUGAAUAGCCGGAGUCAUAUGGUCCUGUCAAUAAAAGCUACUGCUCCAGGUCA